CCGCGCGAGGCGUACGUCGAGAUGAUUGACGCACUGGCGGCCGAGUACGACGUGGCGACCGCCGAAGAUGACGACUACGGCGCCGUCGACCUGGACGUCCUCGACACGUACAUCGGCAGCUACAACUCGGGCGACAGCGACAUCCAAUGGAGCGCCUGCCUCGACUUCUUCAACAUCAACCAGGCCGAGUAUCAGAAGCGCGAGGCUCUGGCGUCCCGACCGGGCUCCGGCGAGCGCAAGCGCGUGCCGAUGAAGAAGCUGCCGGGCAUGACGGUUGGCCUGUUCGACUACCAGCUCAUGGGCGUGUUCAACCUGCUGCGCUUUAUCCUCAACGACGUGCCGGGCGGCCUGCUUUGCGACGAGCAGGGGCUCGGGAAGACGCAGGAGAUGUACGGCAUCAUCGCGCUCGUUCACAACCUGCGCCGCUGCAAGGCCGAGGUCAAGGCUGCGUGGAAAAAAACCGCGCCGGCUGGCAAGAAGAACGCGCCGCUCCCCAGCAAGCACAACCUAGCCGGGUCCGUGGCGAGGACGUGCCCGCUCGACGAGCGGUACGGCUUUCGGUGCUACUGCUACAACGAGCUGACGCGGGAGCUGGCCGACCGGUUGCCUGAGGGCCCCAACGUCCUCGUCGUGCCGGAACGGAGCGCCGCCUCGACGCUGCGCGACGCUAAAGCGAAGCUGGACACAAAGGUGUUCAAGAUCCGCGGCUGCUUCAGCGGAGUCGAGAAGGACGACAAGCUCGCCGCCGGCGACAUCAGCGCCUUGCGCGCCACCAUCACGGCGACGCAGGGCGGCGAUGACGGGCCUGUGCUCCAGCUCCAAGCUGCCGGCGCCGGACGCGGCGACUAUAUCAUCAUCACCGAUCCAGUUCAGGUUAACCACCGGAACACCCCGUUCGCCUUUGCGCUCAAGGCGGCCAAGUCCGCCGAAACCCCGGAUAAGAAGAGCGCGUUUGUCGUGCCUGGCAUGGUGCUCGCGGACGAGUACCACGAGCACGCAUGCCGCGAGGACUCGGCCACUCUCCCCUGGCUGGAGCAGCUCAAGGAGCUCUGCCUCGACUCGCAGCUGUCGGCGCCGCUCGCCUACUUCGUGUCGGGCACACCCCUGGACGACACGAUUGCCGACCUCCGUUCACCGCUCGCCCUCCUGGAGCAGGCGGCCUGGGGCGACGAGACCCACGCGCUCCACUGCGCCUCGUCCGCGGCCGUGGACGACCUCAUUGGCACCUUCAAGGAGGUCACCAUCCGCCAAAACCUCGGCGAGGUGGUAGAGCGAUCCGAGAUCGCCGACUGCCGCCGCCGCCUCGACCGCGUGCUUAAGCAGGUCAUGGUGCGCCGCCUCGGCACCGACAAGUUCCAGGGCCGCAACCUGACCGACAUCGGCCCGCUCAAGGUCAACAUCGUCGACCACCAGCUGCCCGCGGCGGCCCUCGCCGACCUGCAGGCUCUCGCCGAGCGCACCAGCCAGUCAGCGGCGCGCAACGCGGCAACCUGCGACAUGACCCUGCCCGAGGCCAUCCGCUGCGGCUACACCCAGCACGACCUGUACAAGCUGCGCGUGGCCUCCACCUUCCCGGGCAUCGCACGGCACCCCGAGCCGCCCUUCGCGUUCAACGACGCCGAGGCCAGCGCCAUGCUCGCGGCCGCCGGCGGCGAGGCCGCUCGCACCCCUUACUUCCCCCACGUGCCCGGUUGGGCGGCCGGCAGCCCCAAGCUGGCGACCAUCACGCGCACGAUCGCCACCAUGCUGGCGGACAACAGCCCCGUGCCGGGCGCGGCGACCACGGCCAAGAAGUACUGCAUCUUCACGCCACUCGGCGCCGAGGCGCUACUGAUCCAGUGCUACCUGCAGCACCUGCCGACGCUGCUGUACGAGGGGCAGCCGGCGGGGGCGCGGCGGGCGGCGCUGGAGGGGUUCCUCAACGCGACGACGCGCGCGGCGCCCAACGUGCUGGUCGCGUCGCUGGCGGCGGCGGGGACGGGGCUGAACCUGCAGGCGGCGCGGUACGCGACGCUGACGGGCCCGGCCUGGACCAAGCGCGCCAACCAGCAGGCCUACUACCGCAUCCACCGCGUUGGCCAGCGCGUGCCGACCCGCCUGCAGCUGCUGCUCGCCCGCUGGAACCCGGCCGAGCGCAUGAUCCUGGCUGGGUACCGCGGCGCCGCCAACCGGGUGCGCGACGGCGAGGAGGACACCUGGUGGGAGGUCGCCAAUCGGUGGUGUGUGGACGCCGAGGAGGGCGAGAACCGGGAGGACGGGAUCGUAGAGAGGCAUCAG